AUCCUAUCUUCCUCUCACUGAAGUGAACGAAAAUUCUGAUGAGGGAAAAACAAGACAGUGUACCCAGGAAAUGACAACCGAGAUUAUUGUCAUUAGUACUUUAUGUUAGAAGCAAUUUCAAACCUGCAUCUAUUCCAUUUUGUUCAAUUUUUCCGCUGAUCCAAAGCUGCAGAGAAUACAGAAUGGAUUUUCAGGAUCAACUGAAACUGAAUGUUUUUAAUGGUCCAACUACUUACCUGAACGACUACAGGAAGUAUCCUGGUAUUUACAGGAUAAACCCAGAUUAUUCUAGAGCAAAAUUCGAGAAACCUAGGUCAAAACCGCCACCUUCCAGAUUGAUUGAUCAGGAAACCUUUGUACCACUCAGAAAGAAGAUUCCAAUGAACUUAAUGAUACAACCCAAUGAAGUUACUGGAACCAAUCCACACAAGGAAAUAGGAGAUACGGUUUUACCGGAAGACGAAAAGAAAGAAGAAGUGAUAAAAACUCGGCCAAGGGUUCAAUGUGCGCCGCAGGUUAGCUUAGACGAUAUUUCUGAUCCAGAAAUGAAGAAACUUCUGCUGGAUUAUGCAUACACUACAGAUUUCAGGAAGGCAGAACAGGAACUCCUUAGCAUGCUAAAUAUUGAAUACAGAGAAGUGCCUAAUACGGUUGUUGAGCAUGACAGAUUUUUGGAAAAAACUAGAAAACACUAUUUCUCUGUAUAUUUCAAACCGAAGCCCUUGCUUCUCAUAGAGAUGACUCCAGAGUUGAACAAGAAGGGUAUGAAAUGGACCAAUGAACAACUCGUAGGUGCUGCUAAUAUAAAUGAACUCUUCUGGCAGAAUCACGACGUGAAAUGUGGUGCCUGCUAUCAGCCCCUUAUGACUUUGGUUGAGAAAGAAACUAAGAAGAAAAUUGGAGAAUUGGUUGAAAAAGAUUGGCUCAGAAUGCCCCACGACAAACAAUGUCCUGGUUAUGCAGGAUUUACACCAGAUAUGGCCAUUGGAAUGAGCCUUGCGAAAACAGAUCUACCAUGUGCUCAUCCUCUUCUAUCUACUUCUCAAGUAGUAGCACGCAGAAAGCUUAAAGAUAGUGAUAUACCUAAAUUCAGUUAGAAUUUGCUGGUGUAUAAUGCUGAAUAAAAAAAAAUUGCACUUU